AUGCAUCGCCCUACCUUUGUCGUCUUGUUGAGCAGUGCCCUGGUGGCAUGGGCCAAGACGCCCGAGGGCUUUGAGCCCGCUUCCAAUGUCGACCUCAUUGUUGCAUACGGUCAGACGUCGGGUCUCAAUGGCGUGGAUCUGGCCAAAAGCCUCACGCAAACGGAGCCUACAGUUGGCACGACCGAGCCCCUGACCGGAAAAAGCUACGCAAUCAUCAUGGUCGACAUCGAUAUCCCUACCGCGAGCCCUCCAACUACCGGCACCUUCUUGCACUGGGCUCAGGCGGACCUGACGCCAGCCGCGCAGACUACCACUGUCAAGCUGAACGACGGCGAGCGCGUCAUCCACACCUUAACGACCACCUCAAACGCGAUUGCGGAUUACAAGGGCCCCGCACCACCAGCAAGAGUUCCCCUUUCGCACCGGUACAUCGAGCUGCUUGUCGACACGAGCGACAUCACGGCGGACGGGACGGCUGCCCUGCAGACACUGUCAACCCGCGGAGGGGUUGAUGUCAACGCUGUGCUCACCACCGCUGGAUUAGCCAACAAGGUGGUAGCCGGAAACUUCUUCACUGUCACCAACCCCGGACCUGCAGCGAAUGCGAAGAAGAGCAACUCCACCACCACCGCCCCCACCGGUGCCGUAACACCGUCCAAGGUUCCCUCUGGCAUCUCUUCAGGACACAAGUCGAUGAGUUUCUCGAGCAAUGCGCUUCUGACUGCAGUAGCAGUUGGUCUUCUGGGCGCAUUUGCUAGCGUCUUCUAA